UCAAUGUCAGAAAGGUAUUCAAGAUGGCGGUCGCCAACUUGACAUAAGUAACACCUCAAAAAUAACGUUAAUCUCAAAAAACACUCCAAAAAGAAGUAAAAAAACUCGGCGUAAAUCGUUAAAAAAUAACCGGAAGUGUGCAAAAAUUAACCGAAACAGUUCACGUUAUGUUAAAACACACCCUAAAUUAAUUCAACAAUUUCAAUAUCCAACAACAUUAAAAUUAUGGUCAUCAGCUGAUGUUAAAACACCAAAAAAGUUAAAAAACGAUGAUGUAACGAGAAUAAUUAAAGCAAAAUCAAGGAAUAAUUGCGAAUUUAGAUAGGAAUCAUGGAGGCAAUGCAAUACGAAUUAGCUCGGAACAUGACAUUGUUGUUCUUUUUCGAACGAUUAAUGGAUAAAGGUGAACCAAGAACGUUACACGAUCUUAGUUGCCAAUUUGGGUCCAAAGGGUUCACCAAGGAGAUGCGUCAAAUCGCCGGAGGUAGCCAAAGUGGGUUAAAAAAGUUUUUAUCGCAAUACCCCUCAUUAUUUGCCAUCGAUGGUGAUUAUGUUAACAUUAGAAUGUUCCAAAACGGGAAGGAUAACGCCAACGAUAAUGAAGGUUAUACAUCACAAGCCGUUGAAUAUUUUUCGGAAAAAUUAGCUCAAUACGGCGAAGGAACCGAAGUUCCAAUUCGAAGUUUACUCGGACAUCGUAGCCAAGCAAGUCCGGAAGUUCGCCACGUUUCCGGCCAACACUUCCAUGAAUUCCGCGAUUUUCUCCAAAAACACCCCGAAACGUUUUACAUAGACGACGAAAAAGAGAUCGUCGUUUUAAAAAAUUACAACUCGGUUAAAUCGCACAGUCAAGAAUUAAAUUAUAACCUCAUCGUUUCGAUCAACCCCGAAAACACACAAAAAUUAUUAGAUUUUUUAGCGAAAUGUAUCGACGUGAAAGGACCAAUUUUAGUCGAACAAUUAUUUCAAUUAAUCAGCUGUAAUUUAGACGAGUACUUAUGGACGGGGUUGUUUAACACUUCCAGCCAAUUAAUGAGUUUUUUGAGGUUAUUCUCCGAUAGUUUUCACAUCCAAUCGAAUUUAGUUACUUUAUUACAACAUCCCAAGCUUAAUCAAAAACAUUUAAACGAACCAAAAAUUAAUAAUUAUGUUAACGAAACGCAACAUAACCCCAACCAUCAAAACAACACCAGAAACGAAAAAAUUGAAAGAGUUACUUCACCAAUUGGGUCUAAAUCAAUAAAUGAUCGUUUAAAACAACAAAGAGCAAUACAAAAACAACCCGAAAAUAAAAUAAAUCAAACUGAAACGAAAGUAAAUCAAUCAGAAAUAAAAUUAAAUCAAUCAGAAUCAAAACUAAAUUCAUCAGAUGAAAAAAAACAUCAAGAUGUACCAAUGGAACGCCCAAAACCAAUUUCAACGCAAAAUCAAUCGUUAAAACAACGUAUAAACACAUUAGUUUUAAAGACAUUGCAAGAAAACACAGGAAGGGAUCGACAAAAUAUGAUAUCGCAAAGUCAAAAUUAUACGGAAUCAUGGAAAGUGUCGUUAUUUCAACACACAAGAGUGAUUUGCACCAUAAAAGAGUGCCAAAUGGUUAUUGACCCUUUAAUUAAUUCGAAUAAAAAAGCGAGGUUAAAUGGCAACUUUGACAGUGGCUUAGUUUGGCCGUUCACUGAAGAUAAAGUUGUGGUUGCCGUCGAUUGCGAAGGGAUCAAUUUGGGGUUAAAAGGACAACUUACGCUGAUUCAAAUCGCAACGAUGACCGGAUUCGUGUACGUUUUUGAUUUAGUUUCGUGUCCCGGAAUGAUCGAUUAUGGGUUAAAAUCGUUAUUGGAACAUCCCGAUGUGAUUAAAAUUAUCCACGAUUGUCGCAACGACUCCGUAAAUCUUUUCCGACAAUACGACAUCACUUUACGUAGUGUUUUCGAUACGCAAGCAGCCCACGCCGUUUUAACAUACCAAGAAACCGGUCGUCCCGUUUACAAAGCAAAAAGCGUCGCUUUAAACGCUUUGUGCGAAUGUUACGGGGUCCCAACGAACCCGAUUAAAGAACAAUUAAAGAAUAUUUAUCGCCGCGAUCAAAAAUAUUGGUCAAGAAGACCCUUAACACGCGAAAUGAUAUUAUACGCAGCCGCCGAUGUGCUAUGUUUAAUCCACGAAAAGCUUUAUUAUCCGUUAACGCGCUCAAUUUAUCCGGAGAAUCGAAAUUUAAUGCUCGAAUUGUGUCAAGAACAAGUCUUGAUGCAUAUUUCGCCGGAUUCGGUGAAAUUAAAAAAGAGGCAACGCAAAACUGAGACGGAAGUUGGCGAAUUAAAGCUUAAAUUAGCACAGCCGGCGAAAAGUAUUGUGUUAAGUAAUCGGGAGGUUCGGUUGUUGAGAUAUGUUGAAUUAACGGACGAAGAAAAGGAGAAAUUAAAAUCUUCGGCGAAGGUUGCUAAAAAAUUAGAAAAAUUAGAGAGUUUAGGACAAGAAAAGGAUAUGUUUUCGUCCGAGGAUGACGACAAUGAUUAUCCAAGCAUCGAAAGUGAUGUAACCUCACCUAGAACUUCCGGCCCAACUAGCUUAACGGAAAGUAUGCAAAUGGUCGAUACAAUUUUAAACGAUAAUAAUUUAGGUAAAAUCGAUAAAUUAGAUAAAUUGGAGGCUAUUUUGAGUUCAACGACUGCUUUACAAGGUAAUAACUCAGAAAAUGGGUUUAAUAAUAGUAAUAAUUGUAAUUGUAAAGAUUCGUUUAAUAAAUGCUUAAACGAAGGGAAAAUAUUAAGUGUUAAUAAUACUUAUAUUGCUGUAAAUAAAAGUGAUGAUUAUCCGAGACGCGAAGGUUAUGUUGAUGUCGAAACUCAAACUUUAAGCACUGGGGAUGUUGUGAUUACUAAAAUUUAUUUUAAUGAAGCCGCGGAAUGAUUAAUUUGAUUGAUUUGGCGCCUUUUUGAAAUUAUUUGAG